ACCAAAGACAUGGGUAAGAUGUUGGGUGGUGAGGAGGAGAAGGACCCGGAUGCAGCCAAGAAGGAGGAGGAGCGGCAGGAGGCACUGCGGCAGCAGGAGGAGGAGAGGAAGGCCAAACACGCCCGCAUGGAGGCUGAGAGGGAAAAAGUACGGCAGACUAUCAGGGACAAGUAUGGGCUGAAGAAGAAGGAGGAGAAGGAAGCGGAGGAGAAAGCGGCCAUGGAGCAGGCCUGUGAGGGGUCACUGACACGCCCCAAGAAGGCGAUCCCACGGGGUUGCGGAGAUGAUGAGGAAGAGGAUGAGGAGAGCAUCCUCGACACUGUCCUCAAGUUUCUGCCAGGACCCCUACAGGACAUGUUCAAGAAGUAAAAAACAACAAAACAAAUCAAACGAACCCUAAAUUCAGGGUCCAGUCUGGCGUGGGCUAGGCUGCAGGGCAAAGGGAGGCAGGGAUCUUUGUGUCUGGGACUGGAAAGGGUUAAGAGAAGGGUUGCAGGUUAAGGGAAAAGAGAGACUGGGAUAUUGGUUUGGGGAUUUUCUGAGCAGGCAUGGCUUGAGUGUAGAUUUGUCGACAGAUUUGGGAGGGGGGUUCUUGCCUAACUGUUAGAGGCUGCACACUGCCUUUCUAAAAAUCUUUUACUUUGGUCUUUUCUACUCCUCGACGAUUGCGUCAUUCUUCCCCCCUUUAUUUGCCUAAAUCGCUGUACAACCUUUCCACUGCCACUUAGCACAUUUCUUACAAUUAGUAUGUAUUUCGUCCGUUUCUUGUUGUUAUUUUUACACAGAUUAAAUCAGACAUUUUGAUUGGUUGGCCAUUAUCUGUUGCCAGGCAAUGGUGACCAAUUGAGAGGAGUAUUCCCUUAAAGAAGGGCAGUGGACGCUUCUGUCCUCUUGCUUCUGUGGUUUUGCAAAUAGCAUGUUUUCCAGUAGACGGAGCAUGUUGUGAUUAUUCCAGUGGGUGUUUUCUACUUUUAUGAACCUGGUGUAGUUCUUUAUAAUGAAAAAAAAAAAAAUCAGCAUUUGAGUUUUUAGGACAUGUGCCUUCAUAUCAUAUCCUCCAGCAGAGGUACUGUUAAUGAGGGUUUCAUUUUGUGUCAGACAGGUGUACAGUCGUUUGUAGCAUGUAGGCAAGUAUUCAAGGACACUUUUGGAAUAAUGUAUUUAGAUAUAAAGUUGGCUAGUUGGUAUGUUUUGGGGUUUCCAGAAGAUGUUCAAACUAGGUACUUAUGGAAAUCCCAGACCAAGUUUUGAAGGUCUGACAGUCCAUAAAACUAUUUAAAAACAUAAUUCACUGUUACCUACAACGCUACAAGCUUCCGAAGAACUGUUUGCUGGAGUUUUAUUUCCCUCCUAGUUAGACUGCCAUCAUGCUAGAGAAGUAAAAUUUCAAAUCUUGAACGUGUCGAGAACUCGUGUCAAUACGUGAAUUUUCAAUCACAAGGAUUAAGUAAAAGAUAUUAUUCAGCUCAAGGUAUCAUCCAUGCAACCAAACACAGACAAAUUUACCUUGUUUGAAUCCCAUUUUGAAAAAUAAAUCACUGCUGUUUUGUCCAGAAAUUACAGAAUUACACAAAGCUCAAACCAAGUCAUCAUGGUUUGAGGUAGUGUGGUCCCCAGAGACAAUCAAAGCAUUGACCACUUGGAAACAGUGGAGGUAGCCGUUACUGUAAAUGUUGUCAUUUCCUGUCACAUCAUCUACUAUAGGUUCAAAGUGGGUUUCCAUUAAGCACUUGAUUAACUGAUUGCUAUUGUGGCUCUUUAUUUAUUUUAUUUAUUUUUUCCUUCACACAUGAAUGCAAAUGCCAGGUAAUGUCUGGGGUAUUUUUUUACAUGAUUAUUACUUUCUGUGAAUGUGUUGCCAAUUUAUUUUAAUGCGACCGAAAUUGUGACUCAAUUCACAUUCCAGCUGAGCUAACCUUUCCCCUCAUCUUUUUAUGCAUAAAUUUACCUUGAUCAAAGUUCAUCCACAUCAAGACCAAAGAAAUACUGGUUACCUUACUAUUUCUUUUAUCACCACCGAGACCAAGACGUGCAUGCCGAACCUGGUGUUACUGUGCGUGCGAGUCCUGCAGCAGCCUAGUCAGCGCGUGCAUGCAUCCCAAAGACCACCGCUAAACUAAAAUGUCUCCUAUUUCUUUGAAAGUUUUCCAUAAAUCAAACUAGAGAGAACUGUUUUUGGAGUUGUUGCAUCUCACUGCCUGAAGAGCUCACUUAGGGCUGAGUAUAUUCUGUAUCCUGUAUCUCUUAAUCCAAUGAAAUAGCACAGUGAUUUGUCACAGAGCAUUUAAGUAGAUGUACUGUAAAUUGAAACUAGCUCAACUUAGUGAAACUACCUUAAUAUAUGGACAUUUGUUGAUAAAAACAAAGCAUGUUGGUUAUUCCUGAAUGCUCUGGUGGCUUUUCAGUGGUUAGUUAUGCGGUGAUGUAUGAUCAAUACAUUGUUCCAUGAGUUUGAAAAUUAAAAUAACUUUAAGGAAUAAUAAGACUAAUUAGUUAUCAUAAGCACUAUUAAACAUUUUCAUUCUUUUCAUUUUCUAGCUCAGAUAGGACUUUUCACUAGACAAAGCCAUAUU